CACAACCUGCCUGGGAUUGUUCUGACCGACAAGAGGCGUGGAAAGAGCGGUUUGGCUUGCAUCCCCGAGCAAUGGGCUUGCUGGAGUGCUGCGCAAGGUGCCUCGUGGGGGCACCCUUCGCCUCCCUGGUGGCCACUGGCCUGUGCUUCUUGGGGGUGGCGCUCUUUUGCGGCUGUGGCCAUGAAGCACUCACAGGCACCGAGCACCUGAUUGAGACCUACUUCUCCAAAAACUUCCAGGAUUAUGAGUACCUGGUUGAUGUGAUCCACGACUUCCAGUAUGCCAUUUACGGGAUCGCCGGGUUCUUCUUCCUCUUCGGAGCCCUCCUGCUGGCCGAAGGCUUUUACACCACCGGCGCUGUCAGGCAGAUCUUUGGCGACUACAAGACCACCAUCUGUGGCAAGGGCCUCAGCGCUACGGUAACAGGGGGCCACAAGGGGAGGGGUUCCAGAGGACACCGCCAGGCUCACUCUUUGGAGCUGGUGUGCCACUGUUUGGGAAAAUGGCUGGGACAUCCCGACAAGUUUGUGGGCAUCACGUACGUCCUGGCGGUCAUCUGGCUGCUGGUCCUGGCCUGCUCCGCGGUUCCCGUCUACAUCUUCUUCAACACCUGGACCACUUGCAACUCCAUUGCCAACCCCACCAAGACGUCCGCCAGCAUUGGCACUCUGUGCACUGACGCCAGGAUGUACGGUGUCCUGCCAUGGAACGCCUCCCCGGGAAGAGUUUGCGGCCAGAGUCUCCUGUCCAUCUGCAAGACCUCUGAGUUCCAGAUGACCUUCCACUUGUUCAUCGCGGCGUUUGUGGGAGCUGCCAUCACGCUGGUGGCACUGCUCACGUUCAUCAUUGCAGCCACCUACAACUUCGCAGUCCUCAGGCUGAUGGGCCGAGGCACCAAGUUCUAGAGGAUGAGGCAGGCAUGCCACACGUACAAGAUGCUCUUCCUCCCCUAACUAGAAGGCUUUAACCCGACAAUGCAGCCCCACUGCGCCAGACUC